CGGCAAGGAGCAUCAACCUUCGACGUUGCUCGCCAUUGGUCAUCACCAUCAGAUCUUCCACCUCCUCAUAGCGAAGCCUGCAAUCAUGUCGGCUCGCUUCCUUGUCAACAACGCUUUGCGAAGAGGGGCAGCAGCCCCCAAGGCGCCGCGAGCUUCGGUCGCUCUCCCUCGUACCCUGGCCACUGCCGCUUCUCGAUUCCCCUCAACUCAAACAACAGUCCUCUCAAACGGCCUGACUGUGGCUACCGAGUCGAACCCGUCUGCCCAGACAGCCACUGUUGGAGCAUGGAUUGACGCCGGCUCGCGAGCUGAGACUGAUCGCACUAACGGCACGGCUCACUUCCUUGAGCACAUGGCCUUCAAGGGCACCGGACGACGCUCGCAGCACGCCCUCGAGCUCGAGGUCGAGAACCUCGGCGCUCACCUCAAUGCCUACACGUCGCGCGAGCAAACAGUCUACUACGCCAAGGCUUUCCGCAAGGACGUAGACAAGGCUGUUGACAUCAUCUCUGACAUUCUCCAGAACUCGAAGCUCGAGACGUCGGCCAUCGAGCGCGAGAGGGACGUCAUCCUCCGCGAGCAGGAGGAGGUUGACAAGCAGAAUGAGGAGGUCGUAUUCGACCACCUUCACUCCGUUGCUUUCCAGGGACAGCCUCUGGGACGUACCAUCUUGGGCCCCAAGCAGAACAUUCUCUCGAUCAAGCAGUCGGACCUCGCCGAGUACAUCAAGUCAAACUACUCGGCUGACCGCAUGGUCCUUGUUGGCGCCGGUGGUGUCGAUCACGACGAGCUCGUCAAGCUCGCAGAGAAGCACUUCUCUGGUCUCCCCGUCUCUUCGAGCCCACUCGGCAAGUCGUCUUCAUCUUCGGCUACCAAGUUCGUUGGCUCCGAGGUCCGCAUUCGUGAUGACACGCAGCCGACGUGCAACUUCGCCAUUGCCGUCGAGGGUGUCAGCUGGUCGUCCCCGGACUACUUCCCCAUGCUCGUUCUGCAGAGCAUCAUGGGCAACUGGGACCGCUCCCUCGGCUCCUCUCCCCUUCUCUCAUCCCGCCUGAGCCACAUCGUCUCGUCCAACAACCUCGCCAACAGCUUCAUGCACUUCUCGACUUCCUACUCUGACACCGGUCUCUGGGGUGUCUACAUGGUUUCUGAGAACUUCGGCCAACUGGACGACCUGGUUCACUUUACCCUCCGCGAAUGGCAGCGUAUGUCGACCUCCCCUACCGAGGGAGAGGUAGAGCGCGCCAAGAAUCAGCUCAAGGCAUCUCUCCUCCUCGGUCUCGACGGGUCGACGGCAACGGCAGAGGACAUUGGACGUCAGCUGGUCACUGCAGGCAAGAGGAAGACCCCGCAGGAGAUCGAGGCUGCCUUGGAGGCUAUCACGCCUGCGGAUAUCCAGAGGGUGGCUAAGAAGUACCUCUGGGACGCCGAUAUCGCUAUUGCUGCUACUGGGCAAGUGGAGGGACUCCUCGACUACAACCGCAUCCGUGCGGACAUGUCGUCGAUGGUCUGGUAAAGGAGGGAGAGCAGCAUACAGGGUCGGAAGGAUGGAUAUUCAGCGGAGCGGCGAAUUGGCUGCGUGUAGAGCUGACGAGGCCGCAAAAGCGGUGCAGCCUCUUGGACAGGAUCACAGGAAAUGACAUAGCUUCACUUCGAUACAAUGCCGCCGCUGUAUGUCUGAGAUUGCUCGAUGAAAUGGCUCUCCCGCGAAAUCUGUCAUCGUCGUUGACCACAUUCAUCACGAAGGUGCUUUCCACGUUCGCACCAGAAAAUCAUCUGGCCCAAGCGCGUCCUCGGUCCAUUCGUCUCCGC